AUGGCGCAUCCCUACGCCCGUCUCUACACCCGCCGCGAGAGCACCAAGCGCCGCAAGAUGUGGAACCACGCGCUCGAGAAGAUGAUUUUCACGCCCGAAGAGCUGUCUACGAUGGGAGCACCACACCGGAGGACAAUUUACACUUCCAGUCUUGAGGCUCACAUCGACCGCCUACACGAGCAGCUCCUCGACUACAAUCUCUUUCCCGUCUCGUUCGAGAGCCUCGAGUGCUUCCGGGGGCUGAAUUGCAAAACAGCCAAGAGCAUGGUGGCCGGCCUGCAGCUCGACGCGGCUGAACUGCGCCUUAAGCGGCUCGAGCUUGAACGUGCGAGCACUGCGCUUCGCAAUACGUUGCAGCAGCAACCCCCGGCCCCGGCUCCUCGUCAGCCGCAUAGCACGCUUGGGGUUCGCCGACGAUCGCUCGACGGUGCGACGUAG